CGCACACUCCACAGCUCCAAAAAGAGACUCGACCGUUUUAUCCGAACGGUCGAAUCCCCCCUCAUGACCCCCCUCACCGCUCUCGCCCUCACCUUCACACCCAAACCCUCCACCUCCCUCUUCCUUCGUCCUCCGCUCUCCCCCUCCCCCUCCCCCUCCUCCUUCUCCUCCUCCUCAACCACCACCAUCGCCCUCCUUUUUCCUCUUCCUCCUCCUCCCCGCGCCGCCGUUCUCCGCGCUCUCCGCCUCCGCCUCGGCGAUCGCUCCCCCGUCUCCUCCGCCGCCGCGGCCGCCUCCGUCGUCUCCGACAGCCUCAAGAUCCUGGAAUGGGACAAGGUUUGCGACGUCGUCUCCGCCUUCGCCGGCACCGCACUCGGCCGAGAGGCCACGAGGGAGAAGCUAUGGGAUGUGGAUUUGAGCUACGAGGAGAGCAAGAAGCUCCUGGAGGAGACUGCUGCCGCCGUCGAAUUGAUCAAGUAUGGAGCCGGCGGGAUGGAGUUUGCGGGUUUGGAUACCAUCAUGGUAAAAUCAGCAAUAGAUCGUGUCUCUAGAGGUUUUCCUUUGGAUGGAAAAGAAGCAAUGGCUGUUCUCUGCCUCAUACAGUUUGCUGAAACCUUGCAAGUAAGUGUGAAAAUUGCCUUGAAGGAAGAUGAAGAAUGGUAUGACCGUUUCAUGCCACUUACAGAACUGAUUUUAGAUAUUGUCAUAAGUCGAACAUUUAUCAAGUCAGUGCAACAGGUGAUAGACGAAGAUGGCUCUGUCAAGGAUAGCGCAAGUUCUGAUUUAAAGCGAUAUCGAGAGCAAGUUCGGGUCCUUGAAAGGAAGUUAUAUCAACUAAUGGAUAAGUUGGUUAAAAAUGAUUCAAGUGAAGCUGUCUCUCCGCAAGCGUGCAUCGUUAAUGGAAGAUUCUGCAUUGAAGUAGUGCCAGAUAAAAUGGCAAAUUUUAACGGAUUACUCCUAUCCAGUUCAGGUGUUGGGAGUGUGAUGGAGCCAAUCGCUGCUAUCCCACUGAAUGAUGAGUUGCAACGAGCAAGAGCACUAGUAGCCACAGCUGAGGAAGAGGUCCUAUCGAAAUUAAGUGAUAAGAUGGUGGCAGAACUCGAUGAUAUACGGAAUCUCUUGCAUACCAUUAUUCAAUUGGAUGUGGUCACUGCACGAGCGAAGUAUGGUAUUGCCUACAAUGGUACCUUUCCGGACCUAUAUAUGCCUAGGGAUAAUGAUGAAUUGCCAAAACGAGACUUCUAUCCUGGUAAAACUUUUGGCAUCACUUCUUUUACUCAUCUCCCUCAGAGGUCAUGGAAACUUUAUAUGCCCAAAGCACACCAUCCUUUAUUGCUUCACCGGCAUCAUGAAAACUUGCACCAUGCCAGGAAGGAAGUUGGUAAUGCUACUGCUGAGAUCCGGAGAAGGAACAUGCAUGGGAAGAAUAUGGCUGCCGAAGAUGAAACGAAAUUGCAUCUUGAGUCCAUGAUACUCAGGGUUUCUCAAUUGGAAAAGAAUCAUCCAAUUCCUGUGGAUUUUAUGAUUUCUGAGAAAACUAAUGUGCUUGUAAUAACUGGUCCCAAUACCGGGGGCAAAACAAUCAGCUUGAAGACAGUUGGUCUUGCAUCCUUAAUGGCUAAGACAGGUCUUUAUGUCCUAGCAUCUGAGCCAGUUAAAAUCCCAUGGUUUGAUGCAAUUUUUGCUGAUAUUGGAGAUGAGCAGUCUCUGAGCCAAUCAUUGUCUACCUUUUCUGGCCACCUAAAGCAAAUUGGUGCCAUCCGUUCACUAUCAACGUCUAAGUCGCUGGUGCUUCUAGAUGAAGUUGGAGCAGGGACAAAUCCACUAGAAGGGGCUGCUUUAGGGAUGUCACUAUUAGAAUCUUUUGCUAAAUCUGGCUCCUUCCUUACGAUAGUUACAACUCAUCAUGGGGAGCUUAAAACACUAAAAUACAGAAAUAGUGUAUUUGAGAAUGCAUGCGUGGAAUUCGACGAAGAGAGUUUGAGACCAACAUUUAAGAUACUAUGGGGAAUUCCAGGACGUUCAAAUGCUAUUAAUAUUGCUGAAAGAUUAGGUUUGCCCCAUACUGUAAUUGAUGGUGCGCGCAACCUACAUGGAAUAGCUAGUGCUGAAAUCAAUGGGGUUAUUCUUGAUAUGGAAAGAUUUAAACAAGACUUCCAACAACAUCUUCAACAGGCGCAGCAUUUUCUAAUGCUAUCGAAGAAGCUCCACGAAAAUCUUUUUGUGGCAAAGCAGAGGAUCUCAGAUCAUGUCGUUCUUCAGAGGAGCAGAAAGACAAAAGCAAUCUUGGAUAAUGCAGCUAUAGCUCGCUCUCUCCUACGCAGUAAGAUGCAACAGUUUCGUGAACGCGCAAUAGCUGAAAAACCAUCAGGAAGUGGGCGAGCAGAGAGUGUCGAGAAGUCUAUCGAAAACCUCAACCAGCAACCACCAACUAGCGAUCCUACAGAAAGGAUCAGGCAGAUAGUUAUCUGUUUUUCAGGGAAACAGACCAAAGUUCCAGAGGUAGGAGAUGUAGUGUAUGUUUCUUCACUAGGCAAGCAGGCAUCGGUGUUGAAAGUGGAAGCAUCAAAAGGAUUGGUUCUUCUCCAAGCAGGGAACAUGAAGUUGAAACUGAAAUUUGGUGACAUUGUGACUCAACAUCUGAGGACAUCUAAACAAUGAGCUCCAUAACCGUAGAUCUCUGCAGAUCAAGAUAAAUUUUGCUAUAUCUAUACGUAGAUUACCCUUCAGCAAAUUCUUUCUUUUCCUUUUUCCUAGUCUUGGUCGUAUAUCAAUUAUAAUAUGCACUCCAUACAUCUGUUCUUGUUCAAAAUGCAGAACCAUGUUAAGGUGCCAGCCUUCCACGAGAUUUUACAGAAGGAUGUGACAGAAAUUACUUUCUGCACCACAUCAGUCGUGCCCUGUGCAAUAUUACUCCCCUCUGCCCCACCUCAUAUGUGUUCUCUAUAACAGUGAAAUUACGACAAAGAAAUUAUUUUCUGCACCACAUCAGUCGUGCCCUGUGCAAUAUUACUCCCCUCUGUCCCACCUCAUAUUUGUUCUCUAUAAUAGUGAAAUUACGACAAAGAAAAAAUGGUUGUAGAGGAGACUAGCUCCAUGCUUGGGAGCAAAUCAACUGCAACCUUAGCUGAUGUGGCGUCUGUCCGACGGCGGUCUAUCUCCGAUGUGGAGUCAAUCUCUGCGAUUAGACUGAUGUGAUAUCAAACUUGUUUAAAUCAGCAGUGGAGAUGAACUCUGGUAUUUCGGAUCAUCGUGAGACUGCAGAAAUUUUUCAUACAUCGACGUUGUAUAUGAUUUUCUGCUUGCUUAUAAUCUAACCGUUGAAAAGAAAACUAUUCACAAACCUAAAGUAAGUUUUCUAAAGCAUGGAUUUUAAAGUUGGCUUGAA